UCAACAUUUAGUGCCAGUAAGACUUGCAGCGGCGAAACAGCAAGUGAACCUGCAAGUCUCGAAGACAUGAAAGCCUAUUUGGUUCUCUUCUUCAUUCUCUCUGUCACCUUCACUUCCACCAUCACUCUCUCAAUAAAUCCUUCUUCUUCUUCUUUAUCAGACAUUCAGAAAAAACCAGACAACCAGACCAUAUACAGAAUCUCAAAGCAAUUAUGCUGGGGCUGCUUUGCAGAGUCAGUAGAAUUCUUGUUCGCACACAACCUCGUGAGGGCAUCGAAGUGGGAGUUUCCAUUGAUGUGGGACUUCGAGCUCGAGAGGUACGCGAGGUGGUGGGCGGGUCAGAGGAAGUCGGACUGCAAGCUGCAGCAUUCGUUCCCGGAGGACGACUUCAAGCUCGGAGAGAACAUUUACUGGGGAAGUGGGACAUCGUGGACUCCGACGGACGCCGUGAGAGCAUGGGCUGGCGAAGAGAAAUAUUACACUUAUGUCACCAACACGUGCGAGCCUGGUCAGAUGUGUGGCCAUUAUACUCAGAUUGUGUGGAAGACGACAAGGAGGAUUGGCUGUGCCAGGGUUGUUUGCGACGAUGGAGAUGUGUUCAUGACUUGCAAUUAUGAUCCACCUGGGAAUUAUAUCGGUGAACGACCAUACUGAUAAUAAGCUAUAUAUAAGUAAGCUUUCGGGUUUGAUUAGAGCGUUAAUUAGCUGGUUUUAUAUGUUAGUGUGAACUAAUUAGGAUUGGGGUGUGCGUGAAUUUGUAGGUAUAUCUAUAUAUAUACAUAUAUACUUGUAGGUGGUGGAAAACGAGGGAUUAAUUUCGUCAAUUAAUUUGUGGUUUGAGAAAAUAAUAAUUGAAUGGAAGUAAAAGGGUGUGAAUUAGCACUUGGUUAUUUGAUGGAUUUUAGAUGUGAGAUUGAACUCUGUAUUGAAUGAGUCAAGUCCGUAAUACAAGAUUAAGAUCCAGAGAACGCAAAAUACUUAAUUUCGAAUAUAUAUAUUUUCUCCAGA